AAAAACUCAUUCUCGCAAAUGGAAACAAUUUGAUUGCCAGUACGAGACGUUCUCUUGUAACAAAUGGUAUUAUUAUUUUUGGACCUGCUUCGGUGAAAAUAAUCCAAAAUUGAAAUGACACAGAAAGAGAUAAAUUCCCCCAUGAGGAUAUAACAGAUAUUGAACGAUUACACUUUUCCUAUCAGCUUUUCGAUGCAGUCGAUUUAAGUGAAGUACAUGGACCACCAGUAUAAUCGUUAUUAAAAUAAUAAAUUGCCGUCUUUGGAAAGGAAUACAAAAAUCUGUUUAUAGAGCGUUAUAUGAAGGAAAAAAAACAUUAUGUCAAAUAAUACAAUAACUGAUGUUGAGAUCCACAUCGGGGCCGCUGAUGAGCUCCUUCGCGAUCUCGAUGAGGCAAUCGAAGGUACAAAGUCCGAACCCCGCUCCGUGGGUCGUGAUCGACGAGUGAAGAGGAGAUCGUUUGGACAACGUAGCGUGGGCGCUUCGGACUCUGGCAUGAGCUCCGGGAGUGAAAGCGUGCACGAAGUCGACUAUGAAGAAAGAAAAUCACUGCUUAAAUAUGUAGAGGACCACGUGGUUGGAAGAGAUACGUGGGCAGCAGGACCAUUCGGUGAAAGACAAAUUGUGUAUUGUGAUUACACUGCCUCGGGCAGGCCUCUUUCGUUUCUAGAAGAUUAUAUUACGAAACAUGUUCAACCACUUUAUGCCAAUACCCACACUACUACUGGUAUCAUGGCAAGACAAACCACACGAUUCAGAAAAGAAGCAAGGGACAUUAUCAAGACGUGUGUGAACGCCACGGAUGAUGAUGCGCUCAUCUUUACUGGUAGCGGGACCACUGGGGCUGUCAAUAAACUGGUCUCCGCCCUUAUGCUUACAGGUGAAAGAGCAAAAAAGGCGGUAGUGUUUAUUGGGCCAUACGAACAUCACUCCAACAUUCUACCUUGGAAGGAAUCUGGUGCCAAGAUCGUACGAAUUCGUGAUGACGAGCAUGGAAUGGUGAAUUUGAAGUCACUGGAAGAAUCACUGAAAACCCAUCAAAGGAAAGGACGGCUUCUGAUUGGUUGUUUCUCAGCAGCGUCUAACGUCACAGGGAUCAUCUGCAAGACUGACCCUGUGGUGGCGCUCUUGCACAAAUAUGGCGCCUUAUCGUUUUGGGAUUAUGCUACAGCUGGUCCUUAUCUUAAGAUUGACAUGAAUCCAUCAAACACAGGGAUCACGGGUGACUGCAGAAAAGACGCCGUCUAUCUAUCUCCUCACAAGUUUGUUGGUGGAGUUGGCACACCAGGGAUUUUGAUCGCGAAGAAGAAGCUGUUUCUCAAUACAGUACCUCAUUCAGUCGGCGGUGGCACAGUUUUAUAUGUAACACGAGAAACACACCACUAUCUUGAAAAUAUUGAAGAUCGUGAGGAGGGAGGAACACCAGCUAUUGUAGAGUCCAUUCGAGCGGGAUUAACCUUUAAACUAAAGAACAGCAUCGGGACGGACAUCAUAGGAGAAAGAGAAAGAGAACUUACUUCAAUUGCCUUCUCAAGAUGGAAGAAAAAUGGAAACAUUAUCUUUCUUGGAAGCACAAAGACCGAUCGACUGCCAAUAUUCUCCUUCCUUAUCAUUCAUCCAAAGACUGGAAAGAUGCUUCAUCAUAACUUCAUCGCUGUCCUCCUGAACGACCUCUACGGUAUACAGGCUAGAGGAGGGUGUGCAUGCGCAGGACCUUAUUCCCAGGAUCUAUUAGGCAUCAACGAGGACCUUGCUGCUCAGUUUGUAUAUUUCUUAAAGGAUGAUAGUGAGUUGAAGAAGAUGGGAUCCAAACAAUUCAUUGAGAAGCUUAAGAAAACAACAGCACCACUAGAAAUUAUGAAGCCUGGGUUUAUACGUCUCAACCUUCCCUAUUUCUUUUCUGAAGACGUUGUGGAAUAUGUUCUUGAAGCGGUUGAUACAAUCGGCAAACAUGGAUGGAAGAUGCUCUCUCAGUACACCUGUGAUCCCGUGAGUGGUAGUUGGACGUAUGUUGGUGCCGAGGAGUCCGGUACGAUAUCACAUCGCACGGAGAGCCUUCACGAUGCUGUAUUCAGCCAAGGGAGUUUUAUUGUCCCUCCUUCUCAUUUCAUUAAUGGAAGGCAAACCCUUCAAACAGAUGCAUUCCAGAAUGCUCUAGAUGAAGCUGAAAGACUCUUUCAGAAGGUUGGGUAUAAAAAGGAGUUUUCACCUGUUGCUCUGCGUGAUACGGUCGGAGAGGGUGUAGGAGAUGCGGAACUUAUUUGGUUCUUGAGACCACAUGAAGCUGCCUAUCACAUUCAAUUUCCGGACGCGGAUUACGCAGUUACACGCCCACCAACAGCAGCUGAUCACGUGGACAGUGGAAUAAGCCAAUCACGACCAACGACGGCACCAGACGCCAGAAGGCUGAUGGGCAAAGCGCCAUUUGUACCCAAGAAAUACGCUAGAGGUAUUCAGCGUAGAUCAAGAAGUGCCAAGGUACAUGAUGUUGAAAAUCCAGACAUGGUUCAGCAUACGUGUUCCAUACUUUGAAUAUGAACUUAUAAUGAAAAUAAUUAUGGCCCGUAUUCUGAAGUUUGAGUUAACUUAUCCAAUGUGUUAUGGGAACUUGGGAAGGCAAAAAAAGUUCCCAAUCGCAUUUACAUUAUUAUGUUUCCUAUUUUAUUAACCCUUUCCUCAUGUUCUGAUAAUGAAGAGAACUAUUUUGAUAAUAAUGUCUUGUCAGUUUUGAAUGAUUUGAGUGUUAAAUGAGCUGACAAACUGAACUUGUAUACUGUUAUAGAUACCAGUCAUAAGUGGCUAUGCACAGUUAAACCAAAUUUGAUAAACCAGAGUUUGAAUGAAACCCGAGUGCAGAAUUCGGGCCUAUUUUACAAUGGCCUCAUGACGGUACUGCUCUGACGAAAUUAUACCAACAAAAGUUGCAAUGCAGGUUUUCCUCCGAAGCUUUGUUAAUGUUUUUAUAUUUUUUGUUGAUUGUUUUAUGGGGGUUUUCACCAGGCACUGGCACCCUGUCGAGAGCCGACCUUGUGACGCGUGAUUGAUUCGUUCAAAAUAAUGCUUGCCAACUGAAAUAAGAUACUUCUAGUUAAAAAAUGUGUUUUUAUAUGUUUUUUUUUAUAUCGCAUGCUUAUACCAAUCAUUAUUUAACAAUACUGUAAAUAUAUAUUUUUUGCAUUGUAUAUUUUGGCAUUGUAUAAUCUGGUUUUCUCUUCACUUUCACUCUAAGAAAUAUAGGGUAAAUGUGCUCCAUGAGGGUAAUUAUGUGUCCAACCAACAUUGGGCAUUUCUUUUGGGCAUAUUUAUUUAUCCAGUGUGAUGAUAAUUUUGCCCAUUCCAAAUGAAUUGCUGCUUAUUUUUUAUUUACUGGACAAUAUGCUUCCUGCAUUGGAUAAAAUCCUGGCCCAAAUUGGUUGGACACAUAAUUACCCUCGUGUUGGUAAAAAUUGUACCCAAUAUAUUUUUUUUACAGUGUUCGAGGCCUCCAUCAAUUUCAAGCUCCAAGCUUAAAAUGGCGGUAUCCGAUAUUUACGAUAUACAUGUAAUGUAUUUAUGUAUUUUUGAGGUUGUAUACAUUUUUCAACAUUUCAACGAUAUGAUUUAUAUUUGACUCAGAACAAUACUCAGAUGAUCAUUAUGUUAUCAUUAUGUUUGAUAUACAGUGCGUCCCACAAAAAACGAAACCGAGAUUUAGCAAUGAUUUAUCAAAACUUACUCA